AUGUACAGUAAAAUGAAUGGAUAUCCUUCGUCAUCCUUUCGAUCAAGCAGUGGCCGACUUUGGGGCAUGUCGCACUCGCUACCCUCCGGAAUGUCAAACUACCUGCAGGAUGCCGACUUUUCGUCCUAUUCCCGACCCCGGCUGUACGGCGAUAUGCCGUCGAGCAGUACGUUCGGUGGUGGGAAUCCAUCGACACCGCACCACCAUCACCAUCACCACCAUCACAAUCACAGCCAACCAUCGUCCCAUCACCACACAUCCUCGUCCAGCACCAGCUCGCUGACCGGCAUGAACUUUGGACCGGGUGGAUCGUCGUCCGGUGGCGGCAAUGCCGGUACAAACCUGAUCGUCAACUAUCUGCCGCAGGACAUGACGGAGCGGGAGAUGUACUCGAUGUUCUCCUCGAUAGGACCGCUCGAGAGCUGUCGACUGAUGAGAGAUCUAAAGCAGACUGGGUACAGUUACGGCUUUGGUUUCGUCAACUACCUGAGCGAGGAUGCGGCCCAACGGGCAAUCAAGUGUCUGAACGGGUAUCCGCUGCGUAACAAGCGUCUAAAGGUUUCGUACGCACGGCCACAGAGCGACGAUAUCAAGGAAACGAACCUGUACAUUACGAACCUGCCGCGCACGAUCACCGAGGAACAGUUGGACAUAAUUUUCGGCAAAUAUGGCACCAUCGUACAGAAGAACAUACUGCGUGAUAAGCUGACUGGUCAGCCCCGUGGGGUGGCUUUCGUACGGUUCAAUAAGCGCGAGGAAGCGCAGGAAGCUAUAUCGGCCCUUAACAACGUGAUCCCACAGGGUGGCAAUCAACCGUUGAUAGUGCGGGUCGCGGAAGACCAUGGUCGAGCAAAGGCGGCACUCUACGUACCCUCGUACAACUCUAUCGUGCACAACAAUAGAGGUAGAGUACGAAUGCGCAAUACACCGUACUGAA